AUGGAGUACUAUAGAUGCUUAUACACGAAGCAUUUAGUUAAGAAGCGGAAAACUUGGGAGGAUGGCUUUCUGGUUGUGAAGGCCGGCGUGGCCGUCCUACACGAUUGUGAUGGUCGCCAGAUGCAAGAGGGAGUUCGGCUUCCAGCCUCAGCUCUCAAGCUUUCCUCCGACGAUGGGCCGCUUAAAUACUUUUCCGGCUUGCUGGUUAUGGUGGAGGACAAAUGCGACUUGCAGGAGCUCCCCGGCAGCCUCAGGGACCCCGGAAAACAAUCAAGCACAAAUGACGACAUUUUAGCGUUGAUCGGCUUGGUUCCGGAGCAGCCGCCAUCCUCGCCGGGGGACCGUCACGGCGGCCUCCGCUGUGUUGGUGCGGGCAGACUGGGUCUGACCAGCGGCAGCUGCUCUGGUGUGUACGGGCCGCCGCCACGUCAGCGCCUCGGUACGACAUCCGUAGGAAACUGCGGCGCUGGCCAUGCACCUGGAAGCAAUCCCUGGAGCUCUUCCUGUCCCCAGCAGCCGCAACAGCAGCCGCUGCCUCACCAUUAUACUCAACAACAACAAGCUCAGAAGGGCCCUGCGCGGCCCCAGCUGUCUGAUAGCUGGGCGGACCUAGACUUGGAAUUGACCGACCCAGAUGAUCCAUGGGACGGUAUCACCGUCCGCGUCGAUGGCAGCACCACUGCUCAGCAUGCGCAGUCCCAUGGGUCAUUUAAGCCAGCCUAUGUUGGUUUUAAACCCAACUGGCCGCUGACCCACAUGGGCAACACUGGCGGGGCGGGGCCUUCUAUGGCGGCGGACCAGACAGAUUCCGGCGUGUCUACCGCACCGCCACCAAAACAUCACGCGCCCGGCGCGACGUGUGGUUGGUCCGCGGACCCUCAAACAGCACUGCCAAGGGCACCAGCAGCUGCGGCUGUAGCUUUUGGCAGUGCAGGUCCAGGUACGGCUUCAGAUGACGGUGGCCACGGCGCCCCAGCGGCAUCGCGUGACGUCGCGCUGGCACGACGUCGUUGGGGCCUUGUUGCCUCGUCGGCGGAACAUGCCAGUGGUUCUCCCUCAGGACUCCUCUUGAGCAGCGCUCCAGCGCCCUGCCCUGACAGUGACGAGGGGAGGGGAGGCCGCGUCCUUAGCGCCAACAUGAUACCGCCCAAUCUCAGCAACAGCAGCACUGGCGGUGAAUUUGGCGAAGGCCGGGCCCGAGGUGAUGGGGCGCAUGCAGCAUGGGGCACCGCUUGCAGCGGAACGAUCCCUCUAGCAGGGAUGGGGACUGUUCCAGGGGUUGACAGACCCAUGGUUCAUUCCUCCAAGCCAUGCGCGGACACGUGGACGCCUGCCGCUACUGCUGCUCCUGGCGCUGCAACUACUGCUAAUACACGGAUCGCAUGGGAUGCGUUUGAAGACGGCGACGCGGUGCUGCAUGACGUGGAUGACGAGGAAGGCGACGGCAACGAUAGGCGUGCUUUAGCAUUAAUAGUGGCAGAUAUGCCUGCGGCGGCGGCAGCGGCGGCUGCCGCCACAGCCACCACCACUGCUAUCGCUGCUGUGCCGUGGCGCCGCAGCGGCGGCGCUCCUUGCCGCGAUGUCGCUGGCACAGGCCUUGUCAUCCGUACUGAUGUGGGAUGCGAACGGGUGCCUCCCGCUACAGGGAUGCAUAGCGCCCCGCAAGCUGCCGAGAACACCGUUCUCGGGGCUGUCGGUAGCGGCACCGCUAGCGCCGGCGGCGGCUGUAGCGGCGGUACCGGGGACUUAGGUCCCACGGCGCUGGCAGGGAAAGUGGCAGCAGCCCGAGCCCGCUGGAGCGCGCCCCAGCCGGCUGCGGCGGGGAACUCCUCCUCAGGGCCCCUGGCUACUGCUGGAGCUGCUGGGAGUAGGCUGGAAAGAGUGAACCACUUACGACCGGUGGUAGCGGCAUUACCUCUGCCGUCGCCGGCGGGUACCUCGGGGCAGGGGGGUCCUGCAUCCAAGCCCUCGCCCUCCGUUUUGCAGCCGGCGGCCUACAGCGGCCCCGCCGCCGCUGCCGAUGGUACCGGCGGCGGAGGCAGCAUGUGCGGCACUGGUUUCGGAGCGCUGGCUUUGCCGCCGCUAGAUCAGCCGGCAGUGCCGCAGCGCCUGGUAGCUUUGCCCUGUCAAUUUUCUGGACCGGAACAUUACCGCACCGCGUGGGUGAGCGCUCUGGUUGAGGAGAUCAACCUGCGGCUUGCCGAGUCCGUACAACAGCUGUACGGUAUCGUACGGCGGCUCCUAGCCGCGGGACCCGCUGCGAUGCCGCCGGUACCGUCCGGCGGCGGCAAUUCGGGCACCUGUGGCGGGCACCAGCACCAACAGCUGCCGUGGCAGCGGCAACAGCAACAGCAAGGUUUCCAGCUUGCGGCACGAGCAGCGGCACACAACGCACAUCACCAGGGACAAAAACAGGGUUUCGGAGCGGCCACGUCAGCUGCUGCGAGCGGCGGUUUCGCGCGGCUUCCGCCGCCCAUGCAGGCUUCGGAGCUGGAGCGCGCCUGUCUGCCCGUCCACGUGCCGUACUUUGCGUCGUGCACGCUGACGUGUUGGGUUCAUCGAGAGGGAGGUGGCUUCGGUGGCGGAGGCAGCGGAGGGGCCAAGCAGAAGUCGAAGAAGAAACGGGGCCGCGGCGGCACUGCGGCCGAGGACGACGGCGACGACGAGGAGGUGGAGGAGGCCCGCAGCGCCGGCCCCAAGGUGUCGUACUACCUUACCCUUCCGUCCGUACGUAACCGUCUCAAAAAUACCAGGCGCAGUGACCUUUGGAUCGUCAGCUCACAUCCGCUGAUGCAGGGCAGUGGGCUGGGGCAAGUGGGCGGACCUGGAACACGUCGAGGGCCAGGAGCCCCCGCGGCCGGCGGCAGUACCGGUGUCAGUGUCAGCGGCUGGAGGGCAGUGUGUCGCAGCCUGUGGCACGGACCCGACCGAGACGGCAAGUUCGAGGUGGAGAUGCUGACGGCGCCGCCGCCAGGGAAUGUACGGUCACAAGCGGUAUAUGCGCUGCGUGGACCCGACGUUCAAUCGGAGGUGCAGCUGGUGCAGCUGCUGUUGGGCGGCAUAGGGCCCAUACAGACCAGCGGCGGCGGCAACAGCCUGCCUCUGCUGCAACACCUCCUGUCGCUACGGCCGCCCGACGCGCCGCUGGACCUGUCAACCGCCCGCGGCAGUGGCGGCAGCGUCGCCGUCGCCGUCGGCAGCGGCAGCGGCAGCGGCGGGUUCAAGCGGCCGCGGAUUGAGGGGAAGGCAGGGAGGGCGGCAGCGGCCGCGGACGAGACAUUAGUGGCGCAGCUGGAGGACUCGGCAACAAUAGCUGCGGGGUACGCAGGUGGUAAUGGUAAAGAUGUAGCCGCCAUCGGUGCUGUAGGGAAGUCCGGAAGCAGCGCGUCUGCGUCGUUUCCGCCGCCGCCGGGAGUUGCCGGGGGUUGCGGCUUCGAUCCCGUCGCCGUCGCGCGCGAGUACAUCGCCCGCUUCAAGUUGAAUGCUGACCAGGCCGCCGUAUUGAUGCACUGCACCUCCUGGUUCAAGGCGGCGCCCCGCCAGGGCACGCAGGCGACGGCCGCCGCCGCCGCCGCGGACGCAGACGCCAAGUGGGGCUGCACCACCUCGCGCCGUACCGCAGCUGCGGAUCGGCGUGUGACGGCGGCGGCAGAGGCGGAUGAUGAUGAUGAUGAUGAUGGCGAUGAUGACGAUGGCAACACGGCGGAGGAAGGGAAGGAGGAGAAUGGUGCCGAGGAGGACGGUGUCUUCAACGGUGAUGAGGACGAGGAUGACCACGAUUUUGUGGUGCAAAAGCCAGGUCGGCGCCAAACGGUCGACAUCAGUGGUGGUGCCGCCCCGACGUCGGUGGUUGCUGCUGUCGGGCGGCGCGGCAGAAGACUACAUGGCAUUGUGGUCGACAGUGACGGCGAGGAAAAGGAGGCGGAGGAGGCGAGGGUGACGAAGAAGACUACGCAACAGCAGCAGAAGCAGGAGGAGGACGACGCGGAGGAUGUGUUUCCUGGCAGCGCGGGAGGAGGACCUGGGGGGCUGAGGUGGGGAGCAGGCGGCGGCGGCGGCGGUGGAGCUCCGGAGGAUGGCGGCGCAGCCCCCCUGGAGUGCCAGGCCCCCGUGUGUCUGGUCCAUGGGCCCUUCGGCUCCGGAAAGAGCAGUCUGCUGGUGGCGCUGAUACUGAUGCUGGUGCAGCUGGGCAAACAGCAGCAGAGCGCAGCGACAGCUGCGGCAGGCGGCGGUGGCGGCGGCGGGGCGGCAUGGAAAGGCCGCGGCGGCCGUCGGCCAGCCGCGCCCGCGCUCGCUGGCCCAGGCCGCAAUGGCGGCGGCCUCAGUGGCGGCGGCGCCCCCCCGGUCCGUGUGCUGCUGGCUUCCCACACCAAUGUGGCCGUGGACCGGGUGCUCAUGGGUCUGCAGGACGCGGGCUUCACUGAUUUCCUGCGGCUGGGCAGUGUGGACCGAAUCGCCAAGCCCGUGUUGCACCGCUCGCUGCGGGCCGGAGACGACAGCAGCGGCAACAGGGACACGGCCACGGAGUUGCGCCGGGCACUGAAGGAUGCCACCUCCCCCACUGAUGUGGCCUACAUAGAGGCGGAGCUGGCGGCGCUGGCGGCGGGUGCGGAAAAGCAGCGGCGUAAGGCCCUCCGCACCUGCCCCGUGGUGGCGGCCACCGUGUGCGCCCUGCUACAGCCCUCCGCUGAGGAUAGCUGUGGCGGCACCUUUACGGUUGUCGUACUGGACGAAUGCAGUCAGAUGACGGAGCCGCUGUGUCUAGUGCCGCUGCUGCGGGCCCGGGCCAGGUUUCUGGUGGCGGCCGGCGACCCGCUGCAGCUGCCCCCCGUCAUCGCCAGCCCCGCGAACCUCACAGCAGGCGCCACUCCAGCUCUGCACCCACCGUCAUCAUCGCUAGGCACCUCAUCGACCCAUGGGUCGUUAUCGGUGGUACCGGCGGCACCGGCAGCAGGAACCAGCACAGGCGCCGGGCCACUGGACAGCCUGUUGCGGCCCAUGUUUGUGAGGCUGUCACAGCUGGGGCACAAACCGCACCUUCUCAGCUACCAGUACAGGUGCCACCCUCUGCUGGCGGGGAUAGCCAACGGGGCCUUUUACGGCGGCCGCCUGCGGGACGGCUGUAGCUCGUCCAACCGGGCGCCGCUACUGCCGGGCCUGCCGACGCUGGUGUUCGUGGAGGCGCAGGGCCAGGUUCAGGUGGACGUGGCCACCCGCAGCAGCUUCAACACUGCGGAGGCACACGUCGUGGCUCGGGCCGUGACGGCGCUGCUGGACCGCGGUGUCGCACCGGAGGCCCUGGGCGUCAUCUGUUUCUAUCGGGCGCAGGUAGCGGCCAUACGCCGAGCGCUGCUGGCGGCACAGCAGGGCACGGCGGCCGCGGCGGCAGACACUGUGCCGCCGCACCCACACUCACAUUCACAUCCUCACCCGCAACCUUCUCGCCGCGAUUAUGGUGAUGGUGGUGCUGCCGUGGUGAAGGGUGACGCGGCCCCCCGCGACUGUGGUGUUGGUGGUGGAUUGAGUGAUGUGCAGGUGGCAACCGUGGACUCGUUUCAGGGUGCGGAGAAGGAGGUCAUCUUCCUGGCCACCACGGUCAAUCGAGCUGCGGACUUCGCGGCGGAUGCCAAACGACUCAACGUGGCGCUGACUCGGGCCCGAAGGCAUCUGCUGCUGGUGGGGUCUCCGGCCGCCUUGUCGCAAACCUCAGCGGUCUUCAAGAACAUCAUCCACAUCUGCCAGGACGCCAUGAGAGCAUCUCACCAGCAGCAGCACCAACAGUAUCAACAACAACAACAGCAGGGGCAUGCAGUGGCGGAGGUAGCAGCAGCAGCAGCAGCAGCAGCAGCAGCAGCAGCACUACCACUGCCAUCAGCACCCGGGACGCCGGGCCCAGGUGCUUUGUACGUCUCCGCAGCGGGAUUUUACCGCCUGCUGGCGUCACUGCAUCCGGGGCCCUCGGCCACCUCUGAUCAGCCGCCGCACCCAGCUCCGGAACGCCACUCCGGCACCGGCACCGGCACCGGCACCGGCGAUGGCGAUGGUGAUGGCAAUCGAUGUAAUGCAACGCGCCAUGGCGUCGAUGCGGCUACUCCACCACAGCGCCAGCCGUUGCAACAGCAACAGCCCUCGCUGCAGUGGCAGGGGCAGCAGGCAGUGCAUGGUCAGGCUUCUCCGGCGGCAUGUGUCGUGACCAGCGGCAUCCAGCACCAGCAACUGCACCAUCGAUAUCAACAUCAACACCAACAUUUCGGAGGGUGCCAACAGCAUCAUCCGACAAUGCGGCAGCAGCACCAGCACCACGAUUACGACCAACGGCAACACCACCACCACGACCACAACCACAAUCACGACCAACAGCAACAGCAGCAACAGCAGCAACUGCAACCUGCUAGGCCACCACCCCUGGAAGGCUCUGAGGCCCCGAGCAAAGGGGGCUUUCGGGGGGCACCUGCGUGGCGGCGACUGGCGGCCGAGUCGCAUCAAGCAGUUCCAUCAUCAUCAUCGCCACCGCCACCGCCACCGCUGUCAGCGUCGUGUAGCGGUCCUGCGUGGCCGAGAACAGCGGAGGUUGAAGGGGAGGAGGAGGAGUUGGACGAUGAAUGCCCCCACCCCCCUUCUGACGACACAGGUAUCUUGAACCAAUCACCAUCCCCAGUCAGUCCAGGUCCAGCCUCCUGCGUGCACAGCUCUGCCAUGACCUCCCCGAAUUGCCGUAACAAAUGUACAGCAGGUUCUUCCAUUUGCAGGGGCGGGUACGUCCCCAUAUCGCCUCCGCCUCCGCUGCCGCUGCUGCUGAAGGGCUUCAUCAUGUCGGGCACCUCACAGACCUCAGCUACCCGGGGCGUCGCCCUCGCCACCGCGCCUCCCGCCGCCGCGGCCGCCACCGCCCGAUUUCGUACCGGCUCCAGCUCGCUCCCUUUCGUCCCAGCAGUGACUCCUCCCCGUUCCUCUGCCUUCUCCUCCUCCUCCUCCACAACACCCAAGGGUGAUGGUGUAGAGCCCACAGCAGGGCCCAGCUUGAGCGUGUAUCCGUCGUAA